UCAGCCACUAUUGUCAGACUCCCUGCCUGGAGACCAGGGACCCAUUCCUGUCCAUGAUAUGCCUGGGAGCCCACUCUGCCCUUAAAACUUCUGGAACCCUUCCUGGUCCAGGUCCUGUUUAUGGGGUCCCCCCCCUCUGUGGAUCUCUAUCAUAUAACUUUGCUAUGAACUUGAAAUGAUGGAUGUGGAGUCUGCGUACACUGAAUUUAUAACCUGCGAUCGAACCGGUAGAAGGAAUGCAGUUCCUGACAUCAAGGAUGAAUGUACGACGUGUGAGGGGGAUCUUUCGGAAAACAUGGGAGACCUGAAUAUACAAGAAUCAGGAGGUCAAGAGGGAGCGACGUCUUCAGAUAGUGGACAAGACCAGAGUAAAAAAGCACAAGACGGCAGCUCACCGUCGUGAAUUAUGCAUUUGUCAUAUGAACAACCACAUGAACUUAGGUUUUCAAGAGAAAGAGUAAAUGUCUUCAAUUGGUGAACUGUCUUUGAAGCGCUUCUGAAGACCGAGAAGCAGGAUUGACAAGUACAGUUCAUGCAGAUGCCUACAGCAUACCGAACGAUGCAUAACGAACGAUGCAGGACCCAUGAACAUUAAAGGUGGAUCAAACAUAUUCAAUGCAUCUUUUAUAAGUCCACCUAACCUAAAAUGCCUUAGCAAUUUUUAUUUAUCCUUUAUAGAAAAAAAGAAAUAUGCAAAUUCUUCAACAUUUUGGUGUUUUAUUCAAGGUACAUUUUCGUUCAACCUUCUAACUUUGUAAACAUUGAAUUAUAAUUUAUUCAACAUUUUCAAAAAGGGCAAUUCAUGUUGUUGAUAUAUUUUUUUUUUAACAUGGUGGACAAUUCACAACUAACUGUGGAGGAGCAUUGCUGCCCUGUUUCUAAUGGAUCUUUCCCAGCACUGCCUUAUGGGAUUCGAGUGGACCAAACGUGUUCGUGUUAUCAAGUCAAACCAAGCCGAUAAUGGCUUCUCAAACAUCACAUCAUAAAAAUACAAUACCAAUGUCUUCACAAAUAUUGCAUAAAAAAUGAAUAAAAUACCCAUAGUGCAGAUCAAUAAAAUCCAAGUCACGUAAAAUAUGGCAAAAAACACACUCCAAUGGAAUUUUAAUCAAACACUAUUGCACUCAGGGAGCAUCAGGUCCAUAGGGAGCGUUGGAUACUCAAUUUUAUCACCCUUAUCCACUCCAAAUAAGAGGGACGAUCCAGAGAAAAAUUUUCCCAAGGAAGGUUCUGGAGCGAACAAACUGUGUCGCCAUCUCAUUUGCUCCUCCUUCCGAAUCAGCGUGGUGACUUAUCAUGCAACGCGUUUCGCCCCUCUUCCUAGGGCUUUGUCAAUCAGAUUACAUCCUCCCUCCGCACUAGCACAAAUGUAUACAGUGUAAAUUCACUGUUCUUCUCCCUCAUUGGUGCAACAUCAAAAAGAACAAAUGAUCUGUC